AUGGCGCCAGUUAUUGUCUUGAUUACCGGUGCCAACAGAGGCAUCGGGAAAGGUCUUCUUGAACUUUACCUUGCUAAGCCUAAUCAUACCGUCAUUGCUGCUAACCGCGACCCCAAUCACCCAAGUUCUAAGGCUCUUGCGGAGCUUCCCAAGGCUGAAGGAACAUCACUUGUUGUGAUUAAGAUCGAUGCUACGGUUCGCACAGAUCCAUCGGAUGCCGUAAAGGCACUCCAUUCUCGAGGCAUCAGCCACAUUGAUAUUCUGAUUGCAAAUGCCGGCCUUGGACUCUUGUGGCCCAAGGUUUUGGAUGUCGACACAGACGACAUUCAAAAGCACAUAGUGACCAAUGUCUACGGCUUCCUAUGGCUCUUCCAAGCCUUUCAUCCCCUGUUGAAAGAUGCGAGUAAUCCCAUCUGGGUAACGAUGGGCUCCAGCACCGCAUUUCUCACGUACUAUAACAGUUCUAAUUCCAUAUCUAGGAACAUGGUCCCAGCGCCGAAUUCCGCUUAUGCUCCAACCAAAUUAAUGGUCCACUGGUACACCAAGUCAAUUCAUAUCGAAGAGCCAUGGCUUACCGCGUUCCCUAUCGACCCAGGAUUCGUUCAGUCUGACAUGGGUAAUCGUGCUGCCGAGUAUUUCGGGUUGGGAAAGGCUACAAUUACUAUAGAGGAGAGCACUGCGGGAAUUGUCAAGGUGAUUGACGCCGCAACUAGAGCUACGCAUGGCGGGAAAAUGUUGGCUUAUGACGGCAAAGAAGUACCAUGGUAA